AUGUCCAGCCAGGAGACUCUGUCCCCAGUGAAAGUUGCACCCCUGAAAUUACUUAUUGGUUUCCUUACCCUAUAAGCAGUCUAUGGACAAGGUAUUACAUUUUAGUCAUUUAGCAGACGCUCUUAUCCAGAGCAAUUAGGGUUAUGUGCCUUGCUCAAGGGCACAUCGACAGAUUUUUCACCUAGUCAGCUCGGGGAUUAGAACCAGCGACCUUUCGGUUACUGGCACAACGCUCUUAACCACUAAGCUACCUGCCGCCCGGUAGGUAGCAAUCCAUGCUUUGGUUUAGUUUACUUGGCACUGUUUCCAAAUGCUAAUGUUUUAGCAUAUGUGGCACAAAUCCCAUUCAAGUCAUGGGACCGAUAUUAGCCUUUUUCGCACAUCAAGUCCAAAUCAUUUAAAAGUAUCUCAAAUUAAUUCUGAAGCUCAACAAAGUCACCUAUAGAUGAUUGAACAUGAUGCGCGAAAAAUGCUAAAAUCAGUACCUUCUGCAACUUGUUGCACAUUUUUGGAUACUAUGUCUUGAACAUGAGGUAACUAUUCACAUAAUCAGAUAUCACUGUAUAGGAAACAGAUUUACUGACGUGUAGACUUUCUUGUCAGGUUGGAAACAGGACCAAGCUGGACAUCAAAGGUAAGUGAUACAUCUUACUUUUGUUAAUAUUUAGAUCACAUAAGAGAAUGUACAAUCCUCCAUAUAGUUACUAUACUACUAUACUAUAUACAAGAGUAUAUGUAUUUACUAUACAGCACUUCUAUCACCAUAUUUAUUGACAAUUGUCCUUGCUUGCAUAAUUUGCAAGAUUAACAAGAGAAUAUUCAGUAUCUGCAGUGCAGAGGUAAGUGACUUUUUUUUUUUUAGAUGCUCUUCUUUGAUGUCACCAUCUACAGAUGUAUCAGUAGUGAGGGGUUGUAUCUUUAUCUUUUCUGUCUUUCUUUUCAGGACCCGUCUCUCAGACAAGAGGUCCAGCCAGACUCGUCUUUGGAUACAGGGGUAAGCAGAAUUUAUUAUAUUUUGUAUUACUAUAAAAAUGUGUAAAAACAUGGUUAUAUUUAUUAAUAAUGUGUAGUAAUAGUCUCCCUCCAUUUUCUAAUUGUUCUUCACAGGCCCAGGAUGCAGACAGUCUCCAUUAUGUAGCUCUGAAUCUGAUCAACAAGAAGAACUGGUCUACAAGACAGAGAAGCAACAUGGAGGAAGAGAUGGUAUACUCUGGGAUCAGACAGUAA